AUGGAUGAUUGUAAGUGUAGCAGUGAUGAUACGCUGGAGCGCAUAUUACAAGAUCCCAAUUCAAUGCCAAGAGUUAUGCAAUUAGAAUAUUUGAAGAGGAUCACAGAUAAUUUCUCUGAUGAGCGAUUACUCGGUGAAGGGUGUAAACAGGGAGAGCUUCAAAAUGGGAAAAUGAUUGCCGUGAAGAAGUUUAAACAGUUAACAAAUCCAGAUAUUCAGCAGAAGCUGUUUGAGAAUGAGGUGCUUCCUCUUAUGCGUCUCAGGAACCCCAAUAUAAUAAUUAACAAAUGGGGAAACAGGUCGGCAGAAGCACUAUCAUCCGUAGAUUGCCAACAGAUAAGAAGUUGUCUUGAAAUAGGUAAAUGCUGCAUGAAAAGCGAACGAAAUGAAAGGCCAACUACGGGGGAAAUUAUGAAGAAGCUUGGUUUGGAAAGCAUAGAAUGCAGUCUCGACAGCGAGGAAGGGCCCCUUUGCAAAAAAACAAAAACAAGUUGCCACACGCCUCUUGAAAACCAGGAAGAAGAAAUUAUUAUGAAGAUUAAGGAGCACGUGGAGAAGUUGCGUGAGAAGAGCAGAGAAGUCCGUGACAAGAUUGAGCUUGCCAAGGGAAAUGGCAUGGUAGCAACAAACAAGAUCGAAACCUGGCUGGCUCGAGCAGAUACCAUCCUAUCUGACGCGAUGGCUGUCUGUGACUCCAAGCAAUCUGGGUUAAACUGGGAUACUAGAAUUGCCGCUGCGCAACUUUCUCAGCUCCGAGAAUGUCUCAGUGAUCAACCCAGUGAUAUUGCACAGCCGCCAUCUGCCCUUCAUAUUGAUGUCCAUGCUGCUCUACUGCCAAGUCAGGUGCUUUUUGUUGAACAAGCUCGCCAGCACAUCAUUGAGGAUACAGAGGGGAUGAUCGGAAUAUGGGGUCCAGUUGGUGUUGGGAAAACACUCCUUCUCAAGGCGAUCAACAAUUCAUUUGAAACAGGAAACUCCUUGAUUCCUAGUUCAUCAAACAGAAGGGACCCUCCAUUUGACUUUGUUAUCUAUAUGACGGCCUUAGAAGACUGUUCGGUGCAAAGUAUCCAAUCUGAAAUUAUUCAACGGCUCAAAAUGCAGGACCGCGGUGAUUCAUUAACCACUCAAGCCACCAGGAUAUCUAAAUUCCUUCAUGAUAAAAGUUUUCUUGUUUUGCUAGAUGGCCUUCACUACAAUCUGAACCUAGCAGAAGUUGGCCUACCACCCCUUGGAAAUCAAGGCCAAUGGAAGCGAAAAGUUGUAAUCACAACAAGAUCACGAAGCUUGUGUGAUCAGAUGCGUGUGAACAGAACUAUAAAUGUCCCCGGCCUAAAAAUUGAUGAAGCACUUGAGCUGUUCCAAGAAUGUAUUGGUAAUGAUAGUCUUUAUUCUGAACCCCGCAUCGGAGCACUUGCAAAAGAUCUCGUGGAGCAACUAAGAGCUCUACCAUCAGAACUGAUAAGAAUAGGCAGCGCAAUGCGCGGAAAAGGGGAACCAGGACAGUGGCAGAAUAUCAUUGGUGUUGCCAAGGAAUUGAUGCAUAUCAAGGAUCAAGAAGCAUCAUUGCUGACAGAAAGAAUUGUUAUUACAAAGCUUAAGCAAUGUUUGCAAAACUUGCGUGGGAGGAGAAAUGAUGUCAAUCACGAGAUUGAGCUUGGAAAGCGAGAGGGCAAGGUAGCAACAAAUCAGAUCAACAACUGGAUGGCUAGCGUGGAUACCAACAUCUCUGUUGGGAUGGUUAUCUGUGAAUCUGAGCAAAAUGAGUUAAACUGGGAUCUCAGUGUGAUUGCAGCUGGCAUGCUUCGUCGGCUCCAAGAAUGUCUCGGUGGUCAACCCAGCGUUGUUACAGUGGAAGCAUUGCCACCUUCCGUCCAAGAGAUGCCAUGUUCAUCCAUAGAGCAGCAGCCUUCCAGAGUUGAAAUAUUUGAAGAGGCUAUGGAGUAUAUUAAGGAUAGUUCAGUGGGUGUCAUUGGAAUCUGGGGGUUGGGCGGAGCGGGCAAGACCCAUCUUCUGACAAACAUCAACAAUGCUUUUCGUGGGGACUCAUUAUUUCGUUAUGUUAUCUUCGUUACGGCCUCCAAAGAGGGUUCAGUGGAAACAAUCCAAGACGAGAUUGGCAAGAAGCUCAAGUUACCGGAAGGCGAUGAUGUUAAAUCUCGAGCUGACAUAAUUUUGGACUUCCUGAAAACAAGAAAAUUUCUGAUACUAUUAGAUGACGUUUGGAAUCGGAUUGAUCUGGAAGCAGUGGGCAUACCGUAUCCCCUUGGAGGAAGCAAAGUGGUUCUCACAACAAGAUCAAAAACGGUGUGUGGUCAAAUGGACGUAAAAAAAGAGAUCAAUGUGGCAUGCUUGCCAGAUGACGAGGCCUGGCAGCUAUUUCAAGACAAGGUCGGACAGGGGACUCUAUCUUCUAGUCCUCGUAUUGAAGUUCUUGCAAAGGAACUUGUGGACGAACUGAAGGGCUUGCCAUUAGCUUUGAUAACUGUCGGAAGGGCAAUGUACGGCAAAAGUAAUCCGAAACAAUGGGAAUCUGCCAUUCAUUACAUGAAACAGUCAUGCUGUGACGGGGAUGAUCAGGACCUCCAUAUGGAAAAUGAUGUUUUCAGACGACUCAAGUUCAGUUAUGAUAGCCUAAGAAAUGAAACCUUGAGACAGUGUUUGUUGACUUGCUCACUAUGGCCAGAGGAUAAAGAGAUUUUGAUAGGGAACCUGAUACAAUGCUGGAUUGGCUUAGGUCUAGUUGACGAGUGUGAUAUACAUAGUUCCUACAGAAAAGCACAUUCUCUAAUAGGGGAACUUACAGCUGCAUGUUUGUUAUACAGUUGUGAUACUGUGUAUAGUGAUGAUUACAUUCUUAAUAGGGGAAUUUACACUUUUGCCCAUCAGGAAAUGCCAGUUAAAGGUGUUAAGAUGCAUGAUGUGAUCCGUGAUAUGGCUAUUUGGAUAUCUUGUGGCUGCAGUGACAACAAGGACAAGUGGGUAGUUCGUGCAGGAGUUGCUGCAAAUCUGACUAUACGCGCCAUUCCUUGGAGCAGAGCCGAAUGCAUCUCAUUAAUGUACAGUGAAAUCGAGGAGCUUCAUCCUGUUCCUCCGUUUACUUGCUCCACAAAUCUCAAGAGGCUGUACCUUAAAAAUAAUCGUUUGGAUGAGAGGAUAUUUGGUGCCAUUCAGAGUUUCACUGAGCUGACAUACCUAGAUCUAAGCGGGAACAACAUCAAGGAGAUAGCUGAAGAGUUAUUUGCCUUGGUAAACUUGGAGCAUCUGGAUUUGUCACGUAACAGAUACCUAUGGGCAGUUCCCAAACGCCUUAGAGAACUUACUAAGCUUAAAUUCUUAUAUCUAGCAGGCACAAGCAUAAAGGUGAUUCCGACGGAGGUCAUAUCCUGUCUUACAGAAUUGCAAGUGAUUGACAUAAUCUCUACUAAUGACAGAAUGAGAAUGAGAAUGACAAUUGAUUAUAAGUCUAAAAUAAUGCAAGAGUUGUGCACCCUUCCAAACUUGAAAGCGGUUGAUAUGGUCGCUGAAGGUGAUGAUGGAUAUGAAUCACUACGGAAGGCAGCUGGCAUCCCCAUUAGGGAUUUGAUCAUAUACAGAUUGGAAGAAACAAACAAGCUCUGCCUGGCAGUAGAUACUUUGACAGGUGAUAUUGCGGGAAGGACGUUAAAUGAAUUGCACGUUGUGUUGAACCUCACAAUGGAGCAAAUAAUAGUAGGAGACGAACUGGGAAAACCAUUUGAUGCUCUCAGUGUGCUCGUGUUCCAACAGUUGUUUAACCUUACAAAUAUAGUAAUGUGGGAGGGAACAUCGUCUUUGCAAGCUUUGUUCCCAAGGCUCACUCAUUUGUAUGUGGAUUUCUGCUUCAAACUACAACAUCUCUCUUGGGCGCCGUACUUGCCUUGCCUUGAAUAUCUUCGUGUGGGUGGUUGCAUGGAUAUGAAGCAGAUCUGUAUGGGCGCAGGACAAGAGAGUUCAAAGACAUUCCCUUGCCUCAAAUAUUUGAUUUUAUCUAAUAAUCACAAGUUGGCCAGCUUGUGCGGUUCUGACGUGACGUUCCCAUGCCUUGAGUCGUUGAAUAUUCAACUAUGCUUUCAGUUGAAGCGGCUUCCCUUCACAAUGCAAAGCUUACCACACAAGUUGACUAAACUAUGCAUCGAUUCUUGGUAUGAUUUGGAAUGGGAGGAUGAAGGUGUCAAGUCUUUCCUGGAACCUUUAUCUAAAAAAAAAAGUCUUCCCUGGAACGGGUUCGUCGAUGAAUGA